UGUUUCGUGCUGCUGCUGCUGAUAACCAUCUUGUUCUUCAAUUCUGACUAUCUUCUCUUGCAAGUGUUACUGUGUCAAUGGGUCUCAAUAAUCCUGUUCCACGAAGCUUGAAAAGCGAAUCGUUGAAAGCUGCAAAGGUGCUAGCUUCUUUUAUCAAACCUAAUCAGGUCUUUGGAACUGACCAUGUUAUUCCUCCCGAUAUCCUAAGAAACGCCAAAGGGUUGGCCAUCAUUACUGUCCUCAAAGCAGGCUUCUUGUUCUCUGGAAGAGUUGGUUCCGGUGUCAUUGUCGCAAGAUUGCCCGAUGGCUCCUGGUCUGCUCCUUCUGCCAUCGUUACCGGCGGUGCUGGUGUUGGAGGCCAAAUUGGUGCUGAGAUAACAGACUUUGUCUUUAUUUUGAACACCAAAAAGGCUGUUGAGACGUUUGCUCAAUUUGGCUCCAUGACCUUGGGUGGGAACAUCUCUCUUGCUGCUGGUCCUAUAGGCAGAAAUGCCGAGGCUGCAGGAACUGCUUCUUUGAAAUCUGUUGCUGCCAUUUUCUCUUAUUCCAAGACAAAGGGUCUAUUUGCUGGAAUAUCUCUUGAGGGUUCUCUCAUUUUUGAAAGAAGAGAUGCAAACAGAAAAUUUUAUGGUCCAGGUUGCACUUCCAAAAUGAUCUUGAGUGGCAGAGUCCAGCCUCCUCCUGCUUGUGAACCUUUGAUGAGAAUCUUGGAUUCAAGAGCCUUUUCAACAGCCCUGAACUUCAAUUACAAUUCCAAUGGAGAUGACGAUUAUUACAAUGAUAUCCCAAGCUACUCCAAUGAUUCCAACGAGUCUUCUCCUCGAAACAGUUUUAGAAACUCCGCAAGGAACAUAUCCACCAGAUUUUCAAGAAAUAGCAAUCAUUCAUCUCAUCGUCGCGACUAUGAUAAUUACGUUCGAAACAAUGAUAAUUCUUCUGACGACGAUUUUGACAGAUAUUCUGAUGAUAAUCACCGUAAUACCCAUACAGGUCAUAACAAUAAUUCUAUCAACAAUUCAUCAAAAAGACAGACUUCGACUUCUUCUUGGGAAGAUGACGUUUACGAUAGAAAUCGCUCCAGAUCAUCGAAUACUGAGAACAAUUCUACAAAGAAUAAUGAAUCCUUCUAUAGGCAACCGCCACCUCCUCCUAAGCAGUCCAAUUCUAAACCUGGAUAUACUGCUACAGCUUUGUACACCUUCAAGGGUGAGCAGGAUGGUGACUUGCGUUUUAAAAAGGGCGAUGUGAUACACAUUACCAAAAAGACUGAAACAACCGAUGAUUGGUGGGCUGGAGAGUGCAAUGGUCAAGAGGGUAUAUUUCCUGCUAAUUAUGUCAAUGUGGAGUGAUGAUACCUACCUCAAUCAUUCUAAUAAUUAUUUUAUAACAUUUUUAUACUAUUUUUUUGUUUAAGUUCUGGUUUUUUUAUUCAUGCUCUUUGGAAACUUUAUGUUGUAUCAAUUUAUUUUUUUAUUUUCCUUUCUAAUGUACAUUUGUAUCUUACAAUUUUUUUUAAGCAAUAAAGAAUAGUUAAAUUUUAUUAAAUGGCAAAAAAAAAAAAAAAAG